UAAUUUUCAGUCUGGUCGGCAAGUCGGCAUAUAAGUAGCGCGUCGAUUCGACGUGACAUUUAAUUUUCGGAUAACGGAGUACACAGCGCAGCUUGAUCUGAAAGACAUUUCAAAGUGAUAUAUUGACGUUGAACGUAUCAACGAACAGCGCGAAAUGUCGUCGGGCGUUAUAGAUAUUCUUGUGGACAUGGGUUUUAGUAUAUCCAAGGCUGAGAAGGCUUUGGAGAUCACCGGUAAUAAAGGCGUGGAACCAGCGAUGGAAUGGCUGCUAGCUCAUUCGGAUGAAGCUGAACCAGCACCCGAACCUUCCAUAGGCGAGAGUGCUCCAGCACUAGCUGCUGACACACCAAUACAGGACAAUGUCGCUAGUGCUAGCAAUCAAUUGGUAUCCACGACUGAGACAGCUAAAUCCAUGAAAUGUGAUGUAUGUGGGAAGCUGUUCAAAUCUAACUUAGAAGUUGAGUUUCAUGCCACAAAGUCUGGGCAUGAUAGAUUUUCUGAAAGCACAGAAGAAAAGAAACCGCUUACCGAAGAAGAGAAGAGGGAACAACUGAAAAUGUUGGAAGAAAAAUUAAGACAGAAAAGAAAGGAGAGAGAGGAACAAGAAAAGAAAGAUGCGCUUGAAAGGGAAAAAAAUAGGAUACGGUCAGGAAAGGAAAUGUCUGAAGCUAGGAAAAAAUUGGAAGAGUUAGAAAUGAAGAAACUCUUAGAGCAAAGAAAACGGGAGAAGGCAGAAGAAAAAGAAGCAAGAGAAAGAGUUAGAGCACAAAUUGAAGCUGAUAAAGCAGCAAGACGAGCUAAAGCAACUGCUGAAAAUGAUCAGUCAGUUAAUACAGCUUCAGCUUCCUUGUCUGCAAUUACUUCGUCCACAUCUAUGCAUCAUAGAAAGGAUUACACUGAAACCAGGCUUCAGCUUAGGCUUACUAAUGGACAAACUUUGACACAAAGCUUUGGAAGCAAAGAACAAUUGUCCGCAGUGAGGCUGUUUAUUGAAAUGAAUAGGACAGAUGGUAAUGGUCCUUUUCAAUUAAUGACUACUUUUCCCAAGAAAGUAUUCACAGACGAAGAUUAUGAUACACCAUUGGAUGUAUUAGGUCUGGUACCUUCAGCAGUUGUAAUCGUCCAAAAGAAGGUGGAAUGAUGUAGCCAGUGAUGCCCUAAUUUUUUGUAGCAAUAAUGAGAACAAGAAUUGAAUGGAAAAUGAUGAAAUAAAACCGAGAUAUAUGUAUAUGAAUCUCUAUUCUUUGUUUGAAUUACAAGUGAGCGGCUAUUGGGUCGACGAAACCACGUGGAAGUAUGUACCUUUGACAUGUCUUAAUGAGACUUUUAUGCGACUAGUUUUACGCGGUAUAUUUUAAAUAAAUUUAAAUAUUUGUCUAGUAUUAUAUAAAACUCUAUUGUAUUAUCUAGACCAGAAUAAACUACUUUAUGCAUUUUUUA